UGUUCGCGACGGCAUUGCAACCCUUGCGUUUUUUCGCUUGCUCUUGUAGGUUAAUUGAAAACACUUUUAUUGCUAAUAAACCGCUUGCCGAGCCGUGGGCGAACCGAGAAACUGGCAAACAUGGCUGGCGGCAACACCCCGCGUGUGAUCCAGGUGACCAACAUAGCGCCGCAGGCCACCAAGGACCAGAUGCAGACGUUGUUCGGCAACAUCGGCAAGAUUGAGGAGAUCCGCCUGUACCCGACCAUCCGGGAUGUCUCCUGCCCGGUGCAGUCGCGCAUCUGCUAUGUGAAGUACACGGAGACGACCAGUGUGCCGGUGGCCCAGCACCUGACCAACACGGUGUUCAUCGAUCGCGCCCUCAUCGUCAUCCCAGUGCUGGCCAUUCCCGAGGAGUACCGGGCCCUGGAGAUGCUCAAGAACGGCACCAUUGUGCCGGGACUCCAGAAGCCGGACUCCAAGCUGCCGCCGGAGGUGAUCAAUCGCAUCGAGGGACAGCUGCCGCAGCAGGUGAUCAAGACGUACGACCCCAAGCUGGUGGAGUUCAAUCUGCCGGAGUACCCGGCCCUGCCCUCCUUCUAUGAUGCCCGCAAGAUCGAGGAAAUUCGGCGCACCAUCAUCGUGUGCGAUGUGAAGAACGAGUGGCGGCUGGACGACCUGAUGGAAUGCUUUCAACGCGCCGGCGAGGUGAAGUACGCCCGAUGGGCCGAGAAGGACAACAAGACGUACUGCAUGAUCGAGUUUUGCGAACAGACCAGCAUUAUCCACGCCUUGCGCAUGCAGGGCCAGGAAUUCAAGGGCGGUCACCUGAGCGUCUACCACUCCACCUACUCCAUAACCAAGCCGGAGGCCAAGUCCAACGAGGCAGCCCAGGCGGAGAUCGAAGAGGCGAUGACCAUUGUAAAGGAGGCACAAAGUAUGAUAUCGGCCGCCAUUGACCCGGUGAUUGGCAUGCUCGCCAAGGACAAACGGCGCAGGUCGAGAUCACGCUCUCGUUCCCGGGACCGCCGUACUAGUCGCUCGCGCUCGCAUCGCUCCACAUCGAGGCGGCGUUCCAGGCGUUCAGGAUCCAGGGAACGACGCAGUGUGUCCCGUUCCCGUCGCUCACGGUCGCGCGGCAAGCACUCUUCCCGUUCCCGCAGCAAGCGCUCCAGGUCACGCCAUCGUCGCAGCACCUCUCGCUCUAGGAGAUCACGCUCCCGCGGCGGCAAGCACUCGCGCUCCUCAAGGUCUCGUGGCAAGCGCUCCAGGUCCCGCCAUCGUCGCAGCACCUCCCGUUCUCGUAGCUCGCGCUCCCAUGGCACUGGAGGAGGAGGCGGAGGCAGUGGAAACGGAAAGCGUUCCCGGUCACGCGAGCGCAGCAAGAAAUCACACCGCAGCGAGAAGCGCUCGUCGCGUUCACCGCGCUCCAGGAGCAAGCGCAGCUCACCGUCACCGCCGCCAGCGACCAGCAGCAGCAAGUCACGUUCUAGUCGCAGCAAGGAGCCGGCCAUCGUUUCCUCCAAGUCUUCGCGGCGGCGCGACCGCUCACACACUCCCGAAACACGCAAACUGAAAUCCAUUUCCGAGGACAUCGAGGUGAAGAGCUCGCGCUCCAGCGCCGAUUCAAAGUCACGCAAAUCGGUGAGCGUCGAGCAGUUGGACAACAUGGACAUCUCCAACUCGCCCUAGACAUAGAGAGAUUGCACACUACUUUAUAAUAAAUACAGAACUUAAGUAACCCUGUCUCCAUUACAAACCGAUACCCAUUCUCCUCAAUGAGAUUUGUAUUCCACUCACACUCAGUCUUAAUUUCCAAGCAUAAAGUCUAAUUAAAAACGCAGCAUUAACGAACUACUUUCUGAAGCGAAUCAUUGAUAAGCAGAAGGACCAUCCGCCUGUGCAUCCCUUUUUAAUAUAAGAAAAAUUGUAUUAAGGUCGGGAACUAAAUUACUUGGUAUCCAACGGCCUACCAAUUUUAAUAACAAUUUUUUUGUAUUAAAAAAUAAUGACGGAGAACAUAAAA